AUGCGCUACACAAUGAAGACCUUGGUGCUGGCCACCCUCGCAGUCGGCCAGGCUUUUGCCGCCUCCAUUGGAAACUCUCACACUGCAUUCCACAACCAUGCUCGUAAGCACGACCAUGUCGAGAAACGUGACACUGCCAUCACAGCUGCCGACCAGGCCAAACUCUCCGCCCUCGGUGUACUAUCCACUGGUGCCAACUCUUACGCUCCCAAUGGAGCUGCUUGGCUUGGUACCGACGGUGCCUACAAGAGCGAAUUUUCCAACCAGUCUGGCCAGGACUUGAUCUUGGUUAUCUGGGGUGUUGCUGGCUCGUGGGUCAACGUCAUUCAACCUCACAUCACUGCAUCGAUUCCAGCUGGCCAAUCUAUCUGGGUGUCUUUCGCCGAUGGUGCAUCAGGUGCCUUUACCGCUGUGUAUGGUGAUACCACUCUCGUCAACGGACAGCUCUCCAACACCUGGGGCGAGUUCACUUUCGGACAAUGGGGUGUCGUUGAUGUUUCCAGAGAAGUCAAGAUGGACGGCCAUGGACUCAGCAUUGUUGGCCCAACCUGCACUACUGACAUGAACACCUGUGUCUUCAAGUGCUCAUCCGGCAAUGUCUGCACAUUCGACUACAUCCUGGAGAACUGUGCCAAUGGCUCGCAACCUGGCGCCAACUAUGGUAUCCACGAGGGCGCUCCCUCAGGUGGCUGCGGUGGUAUGGGAGCCGCUGCCAGCCUCAAGACUACCUUCACAUAA